CCGGAAGUCAAUUGCAAGGCAGAAUCGUACUACUGGGCCGGCUAACAGAAUGAUUACUAACUUUAUAUAGACUCCAACAAUUUACGUUUGUUUUGGAGCAAAAUGGGUACUGGUUGUAGCAGUGGGUAUGCCCUGGAUCCAGGCAUAGGAAAUAUCCCAAGCUUCAAAAUAGUUUUAGUUGGUGAUGCUGAAAGCGGAAAGACAAGUGUUUUCAUGCGCUACUUCAAAAACCAGUUUGAUUACAGCUACCGGCCUACAACUACAGUCAAUAUAGAGAAUGUAGUGAAGAAGUUGAAUGUUCCUGAGCAUACCGUGGUUUCUAUGGCAAUGUGGGAUCUACCAGGCAGAGAAGAGAUGGACCUCAGGACGAGCUACUAUAAGGAUGUCGAUGCAGCUAUUGUUGUAGCCAAUAUUGCGGAUCAAGAGAGUGUGGAACUCGCCAGCACUUGGAAACAAGAUAUCCUGAACCAUGCCGUCAUCUCCAAGAAGAGGGUUGUCAGUACCCCCGAGGGGUCAAAGGUCGUGACCGACUAUGAGCCUGCCGAUCACACACAGAUACCUGUUCUCUUGCUGGGAAACAAAUAUGAUUUGGUUGAAGAAAGACAUGCAUCGCAGGAAGAAAAUGCAGAUGACGAGGAAGAUAAACCACUCCUAAUCGAAGACAACAAGGAUGCAGAUACCCAAAGUCUUCCCAAGAAAGAUGAGGAUGAUUUCCUCGACACCAGAGAUGAAGAUGAAGAUGGAGACAGGACGAGUCCUGGUGCCGAGAAGAGGGACGGAGAGUCUGAAAACCCAGGAAAGGAUGGUGAUUCAAAGAGGGAGGAUGGAGGGAAGGAGGAUAAAGAAGAAGAGAAGGAAGUGACGGUUUGGAAGUACGAGGACCAGCAGGAGGUGGAGGAGGUACCCGCUGAGAUCCAGUUCCUGGAGGAGUUUGCAGAGAAACAUGGUUUUGUUGGCAGUGUUGCAGUCUCUGCAAAGAAUGCUGAUGGCAGCGUCCAUGCAGCCAUUCAGGCUCUCAUCAGACAUCUCAUCGAAAGAAAGCUGAUGGACCGCACCCUGGACAGGAUGACAGAGGUCAAGGUCAACAGGGCAAAGGUCAUGAAGGGCAAGAAAAAGAAGAAGAAGGAUCCUAAAGCAUUUGAGCCCCUGGACAAGACUGGUAUUAAAGAGCUUGAUGGCCUUUUCAACAAGUGCAACCGCUACAUGGCUCUGAUCCAUGAGACCAGGCUGGCCUACAGACAGUCCGUCCGACUCUUCAAGAGCCAGUGUAUGGAAGCGGAGAUGGUGCCGGAGGGACCCAAGUGCUCCAUGGAAGACUGCGUGAGUGGGCUCAAGGCAGCCCUGGAGAAGGACAGCUUGGAGUUACUGGCUGAAGAUGAUAAUGGCUUCGUCACACUCUUAGUGAAAGGACAGGAAAGGGAUGAGGAGGAGAAAUCAGAAGACAUGAGAGACUUACUCCAAACCUUCCAGACAGAGGUUGCAGUAGCAAGCAGGACAAUACUCCACGAGUGUCCCGGUGCUAUAGCGGCUCUCCAGAAGCUGGAUGGGCAAAUUGAAGAGGACUGCCGGGGCGCCAUCGAGAGGGCAGCGCAGGAUAGUCCGCUGACAACGCGAGAGUUGCGCAGUAUCCAAGACGCCGUCGAUAUGAGCCGGGCUCGCAUCAAGCACUCGUCUGCGAUGGCCCAUGAGUGCCUGCAAGAUGUGGAGAGUUCAUAUAAGAAGAUCAAAGCUGCUAUGAUAUGGUAAUGAAUUUGAGUUGAAAUGGGAAAUUUCAGAAGGAUAGGGUAUGUGCAUUGUUGGUAUGGAAAGGUUGUUAAUUAAUACCUUUGAAGAUGUGGAGAGUUUGUAUAAGAAGAUCAAAGCUGCUAUGAUAUGGUAAUGAACUCCAUGACAAUAGGAGGGGGGCGUGUUUCACAGAGAUCCUAAGUCGAACUUAACCCUAAGUUGGACUUAAAAGUUAUGGAGAGCCAAUUUUUAGCCUUAAAAUAAAAUAUAUUCAAAAGCGAGAAAUAAAGUAUUUCUAGACUUUGUAUAUUUUCCACGUCAAGAACAUGAAAUCUCCUUCAUUUAUAGAAAAUAUGAAUCAUGUGAAUCAACAUUUUAUGCCUUCUAAAAUACCUUUUACAAAAUAUUUUCAUAGAUGCUAACAGCUUUCCAUAAUUGUUAAGUUCAACUUAGGAUCUUUUUGAAGAAAAAAAAACAGGGGGUAGGGGGGUUGGGGUUACCAAGUAUUGAAAAUGCCAUUACUUGGUUGCCCUUCAAAGAUGUGGGAAGUCCUUUUGAGAAGAUCAAAUUUAGCUGAAAUGGCGUGGUGAUACAUUGCAUGUAUGGGGAUAUCACAAAAGUGUUGAACUUCAUUCAAUAAUUUCUCCUAAUGUCUUCAUGAGGUGGGUAAGGGGAGGGGAGAAGGUCAUGUAUAGCCUCAAGAUCAAUCAUAUUAAGGAUUUGCAGCUGACUUUUCACGUUUUAUAUCAAUUCCCAAGUGAUCUCAUAUUUUUAUGACCCCCUCCAUGUUUUUUAAAUGCAUGCAAAUUGUACUGAUAAGAAUGUCAAUUUUUAUCUUCUUUUUUAAAUUAUGCAAAAUAAUUCCAGCAACUCAUUAUUACUCCAUUAAAGUUAUGUAUAAAAGAGAAUGAAGAAAAUGUUGAAAUAAGUGUAUCUUCCUGUUGAUACUGAUGUUUAGUAUUUCAUUCCAAUCUGUCAAUUAGAAAACUUUCUGAUUUCAUAUUUUCAUCAAAAUUAAGUUUGUGAAAUAUUUUCGUCCAACAUCUUGUGUGCUAUUUUAGCAAAGAAUCAUGUACUGGUAUGAAAUUCUAUUUUUACCAUAACAAAUCCGUCCAUUCUUGUAGAUAAGAACAUUGGCAUGCUUAUGAAUGGCCAUAUAUUUGGCUUUUAUGAACUAUAUAGUACUUGUCACAUUCUAUAAUCAUGUACCGUAAUGUAAAUCAGAAUAUAUUUUGUAAAUUUUUGUACAGAAUGUUGGACUUGUGUACCACCAAACAUAUCUAUGUUGCUUUAAAACAUGAAAAUGUGUAGUAUUGUAUAUAGUAGUAGAAUCUUUCUCAUUUUGCGUUUAGAAUUGUGAAAAUGAAUGUGAAUGUCACAAGUAACACUUGAUAUGAAUGAAUUCUAGGGCAGCAGGUCAGAAUGGCAUAACACUGUGAAUAUGUAAAAAAUAAUAUUUUCUGUUCCUCAAAAUUCAAGAAGUGUGUAAUAUAUUCUUCUUCAUAAUAAUAAUAAUAUAUAUAAGAUUUGUAAGUCGCUGAAUUCACUUGAAACCAAAUGGUUGUAUAGCAUGUCAAAUAAUAUAUUGUCUACCGGUACAUUACACUAGGCUUCUUCAUGUAUAAACAGAACGUUUCAGUUAGAUAAAUCGGUAGAGACAUUUCCUAUGCAGCUCUGACAGCUCAUUGAUGUACUAUUAUCUUCUUCUUGGAUUAUGAUCAGACCGUAUAUAUGCCUCACUUAGAAAAACAUACUUGAUCUGAAAUCUUUAUUUCAGUACCUCAGAUCAGAAGGAUUGUGUAAAGUCCUAAAGAGUUUGUGAAUCAUAGAUGAUGCCAUAAUAUGAGAAUUUGAGGAUGUUAUUUGAAAUCUUUGUGGAAUGAAAAAUAUGAUUUUUUCAGGCAAAGUUUCUGGUUUCAUAGUAUAGGUGUUCAUGCAUUCAAACAUUCAAUCCAAAUUCAUGAAGUGUUAAUGUGAAAGGACACUAUAUCCAAGUUAAUAUGGCUGUUAUGACUAGUCAAGAACCUCCCCAAUUGUAUUUGAACAGGAAAAAGUCACCUUAGGCCUGCAGCAGUUUGGGGGAAAUUGCAUAAUUGGAGAGAUUUUUAAUAUAAAAUGAGCCAAUGAGCCAGAUUGUGGAAUAGUUAUGAAUAACUUGAUGUAAUUAGUCACCUUGAUAUAUAAACAUAAAUUCAACAGGUAAUAUUAAUUUAUUCAUGCAAAUUCUUUGCAAGCUUUCUAAUUUUCCCUUGAGAUAAUGUUAAAUUACUAUAUAAACAAGUUUUCCUCUAAGAGAUGGGUUGUUUUUAGAUUAGACACCCAACUAGUACUGGUAUUGUGUAUUGUUAUUUUUAUAGACAAAUCUUCAAUUUCUAUGUGUGAUUUCUAUGCAAUCUUUUUCUAAUCAUUCCAUGUUCAAAUUGUAUUCAUUAUGUAAUCAUGUGUACAUAUGCAAAUUUUUAAUCUUGUAUAUAUUGACAUAAAAACUGCUAUAUACUAAUAGUAUCAAUUUUAUUAAUAAAAGAAAAAAA